AUGAUUUCUCUGGUCGCAUUUACUGCUUCAUUUUCAUUUAUCUUUCUUUCUUUCUUUCUUUCUUUCUUUCUUUCUUUCUUUCUUUCUUCUUUUUGUUAUCCUUUCUUGCUUUUUCCUGUAUUUAUUCUUUUUGUCAUCAUUUCUUUCUUUCUUUCAUUUUUUCUUUUACCUGCCAUUUUUCUUUGUGUCAUUCAUUCAUUAUUUCUUUCUUUCUUUCUUUCUUUCUUUCUUUCUUUCUUUCUUUCUUUCUUUGAAAGUUGGCCAUUUUUUCCUGUUUUUAUUCUUUUCGCCAUCCUUUCUUUCUUUUUCCCGCUUUUAUUCUUUUGUAAUCAUUUCUUUCUUUCUUUCUUUCUUUCUUUCUUUCUUUCUUUCUUUCUUUUGUUAUCCUUUCUUUCUUUUUCCCGUAUUUAUUCUUUUUGUCAUCAUUUCUUUCUUUCUUUCUUUUUUUCUUUAACGCGCCAUUAUUCUUUGCGUCAUUCAUUCAUUCAUUUUUUCUUUCUUUCUUUCUUUCUUUUUUUCUUUCUUUCUUUCUUUCUUUCUUUCUUUCUUUCUUUCUUGUUCCUAGGUUUUUUCGUUUUCUUUUUCUUUUUCUUUCUUUUCUUUUUUUUUUUUCUUUCUUUUUUCUUGCGCUAUCUUUAUUCUUUUUCAUCAUCAUUUCUUUUUUUUUUUUUAUUCUUUUGUAAUCAUUUCUUUUUUUCUUUUUUCUUUUUUUAUUAUCCUUUCUUUCUUUUCCAUAUUUAUUCUUUUUUUCAUCAUUUCUUUCAAACAUUUUUUUUUCUUUUUUCUAUUUUUGGUCAUUUUCAUUCAAUCAUUCAUUCUUUCUUUCUUUCUUUCUUUCUUUCUUUCUUUCUUGUUCCUGUCUUUAUUCUUUUUGUCAUCCUUUCUACUUUUUUUCCUGUUUUUAUUUUUUUCAUCAUCCUUUCUUUCUUUUUCCCGCUUUUAUUCUUUUGUAAUCAUUUCUUUCUUUCUUUCUUUCUUUCUUUCUUUCUUUUGUUAUCCUUUCUUUCUUUUUCCCGUAUUUAUUCUUUUUGUCAUCAUUUCUUUCUUUCUUUCUUUUUUUCUUUUACCCGCCAUUAUUCUUUGCGUCAUCCAUUCAUUCAUUUUUUCUUUCUUUCUUUCUUUCUUUCUUUCUUUCUUUCUUUCUUUCUUUCUUUCUUUUACUCAUACUUUCUUUCUUAG